GCUGAGGGCCGGAAAUGAGAACGCUCUAAUCCACUGUGCUGUGUUGUGAUGUUGUCAUUGGUCUGCUGCCUCCAAGCUCUCUAUGGCUCUCGCCUUGUGCCCCUCCCCAGUGCACAUGCAUGCACACACUCACUCACUCACACACACACACACACACACACAUACGCACACAUUGAUACAACAUCCUCUUACUCUCUCCAGUGCAUCAGUCUCUUUCACUGUUAAUCCAGCCUGGGUUGUGCCUCUGUGCAUUGCUGUACUGUUGCAAUCUGAUGAAUUCCCAGCGGACGUCGGAGCACAUCACGUUUUAGAACAGCAACUUUAUACUCUUUGGAUUCACAGCCAGCAGGAGCUUCUUCACAUCAGAGCCUCUGGUUCAGAGGUGGGACUCUGCUCUGCGGGACUCUGCUGAGCCAAAUGAUGAAGUCCCACCUGGGCACUGCGACUAUGCUGCUGCCCAUUGCUGUCUGCCUCGGUCUGGUCCCUGUGUGUCUCGGAGCUGCAAUUCCUGUUUCAUGUGGUUCUAUCUACAAGAGUUUUGCUCAGUGUUUACUCACACUUGGGGACAGUUUGGUGGAAACACAAAAAGACCAGAGCACACAGGACAUCGACGCAAUCUGCAGGUCCUGGAAUGCAUUCCAUGUUUGUGCUAACUCAGCUCUGGCCGGGUGUCCUGGAGAGGCAGCAGCUGUCUGGGAGUCUCUUAGACAAGAGUCCAGGAAGACGCAGUUUUCUGGAAACCUCUAUGACAUGUGCGCAAGCCGCACCACCCUCCCACCCAGCACCGUGCCUGCACCCCAGAGCCCCCCAACCUCCGAUCAGACCAACCAGGAAACGCUGAAGGGGCAAACGCACAAACACGGUCCCACCCUUAGCACACUGUUGUUCCCCGUAUGCAGCACACUACUGGUUCUGCUCAGGAGUUAGUUAGCUGAUUAAUCAGUGUGAUGGCAGGUGGUCAUCAGAGAGUCCUCCACCCCUAUGAUCCAAACACAUGAGGGUCAGUCAAGUCAGACUCAUCAUGAUUACACAUCGAUCCUUAAAUCAGGAUUUCAGAAACUGGAUCAUAACGAAGUAUUUGGUUCAGUGUAACAGUGGUGUUUCUAUUUAGAUAUUAACUGAUCAGACCAUUACUGGUAUGAUUUUACAUGCCUUUCCCUCACAGAGGACAAAGACGUUGCUUUCAUUCUGACAUAAAUAUUUAAAUUAUUCAUUGUGGUUUUUGCUCAAAUGUGUUACUUUUCAGACAAGUGGACAGCACAUAUCUAGUCCAAGUGUCAAAUUUAAUUCUCAUCAUUUACUGUUGCUUGGUCGUUCUAUUUUAGAAAAAAGAGAGUUUAAUCCAGGAAGAGAAGAAGAAGACCCUCCUAUUACUGACAACUCUAAGCUGAAAGAAAAAUACUGCCAAUAAGCUAAUAUUAAUGGUACCCACUUCAGUUUCUAUCAUUAGUGCAGCGCAUCAGUAAUACCAGGCGAUUUUAGGACAAGAGAGAGUUGAGGGAUUUUUUGAUGCCAGGUGUUCAGAUCUGUUUGCGAUCCAAUCAGCUGUGACUGAGGAGAAGAGUGUUAUUACAGGGGGGCAAAACAGUGUUUUUGUACAGAGAGUUUAAUUCAUCACCCCGUGUGACUGGUUUAACGUCAGAAAAUUAGAUUUCUGUGUGGAAGGAUUCUUUGCAGUGUGUGCACAUUGUUGCUAAAUUUUAUCACUGGUUUAAAUCAUCUCAUGUGACUCCUCUCAGUGGUUUUCCUUUUUGAGCAGUUACACUGUUGCUUUUUCUACUCUGAAUUGCUGGUUACAGUAAAGUUUCACUUUAAUCAGUUUAAUGACUUUAUGCAUCCCCUUAGGGCCAAUGAAAAGAAUACAUAGCAGAGCAUUUCAAUAAAAUACAGAGGACAAAUAAUACGAUUACAAAAUACUAAGAAGUAUUAAAAGUGUAAAGUACAACAAGUGCAUGCUGAAUACAUGGACCAGUGGUGGUAAUUAGGAGAAGUGUUUCCCAAGAGUUCAUCCUUAUAACAGUAACAGUUGCUGUAAUGUUAAUUCAUGUUGUAUAACUGCUCUUUGAUACUGAGUGAGCUCUGUUUUAUUCACUGGUUUUCACUUCACCAGUGUUUUUACUGUUUUAUUUUCUGGUUUGGUUUUUGGUUAUUUGCAUUAUUUUAUUCACAGCAUUGUAGAGUGGUACCUCUUUGUUUCACUCAGAUUUUUAACCCAACAAAAACUGAAAUUAAAGUUAGG